AUGAUAACAUCAAUUUCGUCAUCAAUUAUACCAAACUCAUCGAUAAAAUUCUUUACUCUCAGAACGUCACGAUCAAUAUUCAGAUCUUAUGGAUUAGCUGUACCACACAUUAUUACCAUAAGAAAAGGCAAAAAACAAAGCAAACCUAAUAGAAAUGAAAUUAAUGAUUGGGAAAUUAGUAAGAGUUCUAGCGACAGCGGCGAUGGUAAUUGGAAAAGUAACAAGGAAUUUAACGGCAUCAUAAAGGGUGGUAAAGAAAGAUAUCCGAAGAAUAAAUCAUCAUUUGGUAACGAAAGGUUUCAUAAAGAAACUUUACCGCGAAACCAGGAAUUCGGGUACGAAAAUAAUGAAGAUGGAGAGAUGGGUAAACGAGGAGAUGGAACGAUCAUAAGAAAGCAUAAAAAACAGCAACCCAUCAGAAUUUUUGAGUACAUAGAUCAAAGCAAAAAUACUUCAGGUAAAAGUCGGAAACCGCCUUUCUCUAUUGUGUCAAAAGUAAUUAUUCCAGAUAGUAAGAUUCAACCACUUCCACUACCGAAAUCAACUCGGCAUGAAAAAUUGAAUAUUGUUAAGGAGGUUUCUCAAAAAAGGAAAAAUCAAGUUAUAAAAAUAUCGAAGAGCAAUGCAUUGCAGGAGAGUAAUGGUGAUGGCAAAAUGGUUAAUCCUAGAAGGAUAACGUUAAGAGCAAAUUAUAAAAAGUUUUGGGAAGAAAAUAUACUUAAACCAAAUUUUCACAUGUUGGAGCAUGAUUUCCUAUCUUGGUGUCGCGGAACAAGAUUGUCAAAAUUUUAUGAUUGCUUCAAGGGAAUGGAUUGGAAAGACAUAAUACAAUUAAAUGAAGAGCAAUUAAAGGAAUUGGGAGUGGGAAGACCGUCUUCUAGAAGAAUUUUUUUACGAGGAUUCAAGUAUGCUAAGGUUGCCCUGGAAAAAGAAAUGAGCAAAGUAUCAUCGGACAAAUACAUCGAAAAAUACGACAUCAAACAAGUAAUAUUGAACAAUGAAGAUACCAUCAGACAAACUGGUGAACAAAUGCUUGAAGGUGAAUUGCUCGAGAAGCUGAAAAGGCAAAAACAAGAAAGGCAUAAAGAACAUGAAGCGAAAUUUGAAAAUCAUCAUAGAGAGAAUCAAUGCGAGAAUGCGUAA